AUGAAUUCUAAUCAAUUGCACCAGGAAUCAACGGAAAAUCAUAAUAAACUUGCUCCUGCUACCCCUUCCUCGAACCAAGUGCAAAGGGAAAAAUACGUAUUCAGCAGCGAUUGGUUUGACCAGCAUAUUCCUUACUGGAAAAGAAUUUUACACGGCUUGGAAAAACAAAAAAUCAACGUUUUAGAGAUUGGUUCAUUUGAGGGAAGGUCAAGUACUUGGAUUUUGGAUGAAUUAUUUAAAAAUCCCGUAUCCCAUCUGGUGGUUAUUGAUAAUUUUGAAAGGCUUCUUCCCGAUGUUGAUAGUGAAAAAAAUUUUCUGGACAAUCUCAAAAAAACUGGCAAAGAAAAUCAAGUGGAAAUUAUCAAAAGUAACUCUCGGGAUGCCCUUAUUGAAUUAAAUCGAGAAAAAAGAAUAAUGUUUGAUUUUAUUUAUAUUGACGCUUCACAUGUUGCUUGCGAUGCCUUAUCGGAUGCUGUUUUAUCCUGGAAUUUGUUAAAAGAAGAUGGAAUUAUGAUUUUUGAUGAUUACGAUUCGGAUCUUUAUAAAGAGGAAUUUUUUAACGCCAAAAUAGCUGUUGAUUCGUUUUUGAGGUGCUAUAAACAACAUAUAAAAGUUAUUGAGAAAUAUUACCAAAUGGCUAUCAGGAAGGUUAAACCAACUACAACAUUUGAAAUGAUA